AUGUUUAGAGUUUCAGAGAAAACGGCCACGCCAACUUCAGUUGUGCUUAUGGCAGUGAACACUGUGGUUGGUUUCUACUGGCGACAAGUUAUGAUGCAAGCUAUCCAUAUUGAUUCCUACCAGUAUCUCGCUGUCUGCGCUCCGAUUGUCGUGCUGGGCGCCCCGCUGGGCUCAGUCAUUGGCAGUCAUUUCCAUCGCCAAGUCCUCGCAUCGUUCAACUAUUUGACAGAUACGGUGGCUCUAAUCAGUGGAUUUGUUAUUGUUAAAUUGGACGCCACCCUCGUUGGAGUUUCCAUUGGGAUCAUCGCAUUUGGUUUUGUCUUCUUUGGUCUACUUUGUUAUUUUGGGCAUCGACUGAUGAGGAAAAUUCUCGAGGAUUUAGAGAAUGAGUGUAUGACUGCAUGACUGUUACAGAUGUGUCCAGCGCGAGAUGCAAGAAGGAUCUUAUUGUUGAAAAUGAUGAGGAACAUUCUCAAGGAAUGAACGGCAAUGGUGCAGACGGGAAGACCUCCAGAGAUGCCAUUGAAACUCACGAGGUAAACUCCAUUCUCGAGAAAAGUGAUUCUUGUGACACAACACAGUUUUAA